CAAAUAUGUCUCUGUACGUUCGGAACAUUGGUACAAACAUGUUAUGUUAUGGAUGUCAGUUCUUUAUUCCAAACCGUGGAAUACCACUAGAAGCUAAGAUAUUUAUCAGGUUUUAUAGAAAAGGUCUUCGAAGAAAACCUAUUCGGGUUAGUUCACGAGAAAAUCAAGAUGAAAGCCCUGUUGCGGGAAGUGUGAAUGCAACAUCUUCCCUUUUUUUACCACCUAAACAGAGAAAGAAUAUUAAUAACGGCAUUAAUGUUAACCUUAAGAAUAAUGUUGAUAGGUCUGGCUUUAAUUAUUCUCGGAAUAUAUUAUCAGAAGAAAUGAACUCUAAACGUCAUGUAAAGAAAGCCGAACUUGCAGAUGUGCCUCAGUAUGAGAAACUUCAAAAUAAUGACCCUCGUUUUACGACAGUAAUGACUCUUUUAAAAUCACGUAAAAAGAGGGAAAAGAAGGAAAGAAUUCUCUUAGAAGGUAGGAGACUCAUUAGUGAUGCUAUUUCAGCUGAUAUUCACCCAGAAUCAAUCUUCUUCAGUCAAGAACAGAAUCUUCGUGAAAUUCCCCUUAAUGAAGUUGUCAAUGUGCAACUCUUUAAAGUAUCUUAUAAACAGCUGAGUUUAUGGUCUGACCUUACAACCUCUCCAGGAGUAAUGGGUGUCUUUAAAACACCAGAUCUGAGUCAGCUGUCACUUCUUAGUGAGUGUGUUCUACCUGUAACUGUCAUUUGUGAUAAUGUCAGGGAACCAGGAAACAUGGGUGCACUAUUAAGAUGUGCAGCUGCUGCAGGAUGCCACAGAGUUAUUCUGACUAAAGGAUGUGUUGACUUAUGGGAGCCAAAGGUUUUACGAUCAGCAUGUGGAGCUCAUUUCAGAGUACCAAUUUUGAACAACAUCUACUGGGAAGUUUUACAGAAUUAUUUUUCAGAGGAUGCCAUUAUAUAUCUUGCAGACAACUGUAAUGAACAUAAAAUUAUACCACAGGCAGAAAAGAAUAAGCCACAGGAACUGGAAAAUGAAAACAUUGAAAAAUUUGUUGUAGUAAAUGAUGAAGGCAAGCAACUUAAAGUGGAUCCUUCCUAUAAAUGUCAAGAAGUUCUGGAAGCUUACAGAAAUGUGUCAUUGCCUAUCCAAUCUUAUAGUGAUACAUUGUUUUCUAACUGUGAAACUGUGCUAAUCAUUGGAGGAGAGACUGAAGGCCUAAGUCUAAAAGCCUUCAAACUUGCAUGUGAGAGAGGUGGACGGAAGUUAGUGAUCCCCAUUGAAAAUGGAGUUGACAGCUUAAAUUCUUCAGUGGCUGCUGCCAUUCUUUUGUUUGAAAUAAAACGUCAGUUGGCACUUGAUCAAACAAGAGAAAAACAAAGUAUUUAAUAGUGAAAUUUAUAGCUAAAAGAGAAACAUUAAAUACCUGUGUUACAUUUUGUUUUCAACAUUUUUUGAGUUGCUUAGAAUUCUCAACAAUCUUGUUUUCAUAGGAAGCCAUAAAAUAAUACUAAUAAUGACUUGUUCAUUCUAUAGAAACUGCUAAACCAAGUAAAAUGCUUUUAAACCUUUGGUAUUUUAUGAAUAAGAAAUAUAUGAUGGCUAGAGCUGGGUGAUGAACUCAAUUGAUUAGUGUCACAUAAAAAAAAUAUAUUAAAAUCACAAAAAUAAUCAACUGAUAAAAAAUUACUGUUGUAUAUUUUUACAACUAUCCAAAUAUUGUUACUGAUUUAUUAUCUUCCAUUAAUUCAAGGUUUUUCAGUUUAAUCAUGACUGUAAAAAUACCCAUCUACUCAUGUGAGAAUAAAUGAUGAGUGGAAUGUAA